AUGACUGUUGCGGCCGAUUUCAGCACUAACAGACACUCUACUCCGAUCAUCAAGCAGCCCGUCACAGAAAGUCCUCCGGUCAGGCACGCUGAUCUCUGCUUUAACGAUGGAAAUGUCGCCGUCCUUGCCGCGGAGCAGCUCUUCAUCGUCCACAGAGGCCUUCUCUCCAGAAACUCAGACAUCUUCAGGAGACUGCUUGAAUCUACGGAUUCUGCUUGCGAUGAACUCGAAGGACGGCCUGUACUCCGCCUCUCUGAUCGUCCCGAUUACGUCUCGUACUUGCUCCGAGCCCUAUACGAUGGAAUCUCCUUCCUCGCGUACGAUGCCGAGGGGUUCCCUGUCCUUGCGGGCUUGCUUCGGCUGCUUACCAAAUACCAAAUAUUACGCAUCCGAGGCGACGUUCUUCGCGGCCUUGCUGCUAUAUGGCCCACGGCUCUUGCACAAUGGGAAGCUCGCGAAGGCAAUAUCACCGAUGCACAGGGGCUGUAUUCCCCCCAUAAGGUGUUCCCCCACCCAAUAGAUGUCAUCAAUCUGGCUCGGGAGAUAGGUUUUCAUCAAGUCCUUCCGGCGGCAAUGUACGACCUCUCUCGGUAUAAUCCUAGCGAUACCGCUGCUGGUCACCUCUCUUGGGAUGGCUCCAUGUCUAUGCUCACUCGCGAAGAUCUUUUGAAUGUGCUACGGGGCCGAGAGCACGCUUCGCGCUUCUUCUCUACCUUCAUCGUGAACGAGCUGGAAGGUCGGAAACCUUCUUCGUGGUGCUUCCGACGCAAGGACGACAAGAGCCAUGAGAGGCGUGCUUGUCAGAUCGCUUUUGAGGCUAUCACGUUCGAGUUACUCCGGGACGUCAAUGGCGUCAUCAGCAACCGUCCCUCCGACCCUCUCUACGCUAUAGCGGACGCUGAACUCAUCCAGCUCAAGGAUGAUUUAGUGGGCAACGAUGGACUUUCUGCCAUGAAGACCUGCGAGGCGUGCCGAGCUGAAUUCAGCGUUUCCGUGGAAGCUGUUCGAGAGGAGUUCUGGCGGAAGCUUCCGACUUGGUUUGGAGUUGAGGUCCCUAACUGGGGAUAA